AUGACACUGUCGGAUGAGAUGAAGGACUCGCUGAGGCAGAUGGCCGAGUUGGUGCCGGCAACCUUCACAGGUGCCGACAUUGCGGGGGCCUGCAGAGCGGCUCACAUCAAAGCCGUCAAGAGACAAGCCGCCGAAUUGGAUCUCAUCGCGAAAACGCUGGCUCCUGCUAGAGCUGCGACAGCAGUCCGAGAACUCCAACUGUUGAUUGGUGAAUACAAAUCGCAGAGUCAACAGCCGCCGUCCCAGGAGGAGGAAGAUUGCGCUUGCUCUGUGGACACUGUGGCUCAAGAUGUCUGCAGUGGCCCCCCGAACUACGUCAGGGCAGGUGUGGCUCCCAAUGCCUCUAUGUCGAAUCAGGAGAGCUGGUCAAAGUGA